AUGGCCGACACGUCUUCACCCCACCAGCCUUCCACCCCGGACCACGACCGCGCAAUCACCACCUCUCGCCCUCUCUCGCCCUCCGGAUCGCUCCUUUUUUCCCCGGUGACCCCUGCACCGUCUCGCGGCAGCUCCGUUCUCGACCCUCUCGGUCUGGACGGGCUUCCCGUGCCAUUCCAGCACACCAAUACGCCGAAAAACGCGGGACAGAGCGUUUCGACGGGAGGCUUUGGGAGUGGACCCGGGCAGUACGAUGGCGACGGAAAUGGUACUAAGGACGGCCAGGAGGGUGGUAGGAUGUCCAGUCUGCUAUCCUCGACGCCGGCGCCAAACGACACCUCUGCGCUUCCCACGGAGAUCGGAGUCGGACACAGGCCCCCCGCCCGGCGCACGCCCGUCUGUCCCCAGCUCCGCGUCUAA